AGGCCAGUGAUGCGAUUCUACCGAAACACUGUCAAAAAACCUACUUACUAAGUCCCCGCUAAAACCCUAACACACUGCACUUGUGCAUCUUCUAUCUCGAUCAAAGAUUCAAGAACCCUAAUCCCAUUCUACAGAAAUGAGACAUUCAUGGCGAUUACUUCUCUUCCGAAAUUGCCCUCGCUCGUCUCUCCGAGCACAUGUUCACUCCUCCCCUUCUUAUUUCCAGGUACACACUGUCUCUUCUAUUCGCUCUGUCUAUUCAUUUCACUCGCUUUCACGUGAGGCUAAUUUUGUAGACCCUAAAAGCCCCAUAAAUUGCAAAAACCCGAUAGCUUAUAAUUUCUCAUCGGAGCCAUUAGUUGAACCAGAGAAGGAAACAGAUCAAUUAUCUAUUUUGUCUGAUAUUUUCACUAAAUUUAGUGAUUUCGAUGAUAUUAGCAAAGCAUUGGAGUCGAAUGGCGUUGCUGUUAAUCAUGAAAUGGUGUUGAAAUUGUUAAAGUUGCUCAGGUCUAACCCUGAUGUGGCAAGAAGAUUUUUUAAUUGGGUUUUGGAGAGGGACAGUGAGAGGUUGAGCUCGAAAGCUUAUAAUUUGAUGCUAGGGAUUUUGGGUGUUAAUGGGUCUGUGGAAGAGUUUUGGUGUUUAGUUGAAAGUAUGAAGAAAAAAGGUUAUGGUGUUUCAAAGGGUACUCGAGAUAGAGUAACGGAGAAAUUUGAGAAAGAAGGGUUAAAGAGUGACUUGGAGAAGCUAAAAGGGGUAUUCGCAACAGGAUCUGUGGAUAAUUCCGUGGAAAAGAUUGGUCUGAGGGUGAGUAGGAUUGUUAGAAAUCAAGUUUGGGGAGAGGAUGUUGAACGACAGAUUGAGGAUUUGAAUGCAGCUUUUUCAAGUGACUUGGUGAAGAUUGUGUUGGAGAAUUUAGCUAUAGAACCAAAGAAAGCUUUGAUAUUUUUUAAGUGGGUUGAGGAGAAUAGAUUGUUUAAGCAUGAUGAAAGGAGUUAUAAUGCAAUGGCACAGGUUUUGGGUAGGGAAGAUUGCAUUGACAGGUUCUGGAAGUUGGUCGACGAAAUGAGGAGCAAUGGAUAUGAAAUGGAGGUGGAGACUUUUGAUAAGGUUUUAGGACGUUUCAUAAAGAGGAGAAUGAUGAAGGAGGCUGUGGACUUAUAUGAGUUUGCAUCGGGUGGUGCUAAUAAGCCUUCAGUGCAAUGUUGUACCUAUUUGUUAAAAAAGAUAGUGACUGGUAAAGAAUUAGAUAUGGAUUUGUUUUCAAGAGUUGUGAAGAUCUUUAUUGGAAAUGAAAAUGAGUUGACAGAUUCUAUGCUAGAUGCAGUUCUUAAAUCUCUAACGAGCGUUGGUAGAUUUAGAGAGUGCAAUAAGGUUUUGAAAGAAAUGAAGGAAGGUGGGUUUCUAGCAAGUGCUAAUCUGCAGCGUAAGAUUGCAUUUGGGCUUGGUAGCGAUGGCACCAAACACGAAGUGAAUGAAUUUGUGAAUCACAUGGAAGCAUCUGGACGUGAUUUGGAUUCUAAGGCCUGGGCAUCUUUAAUUCAAGGAAAUUGUGUAUCUGGCCAUCUCAAAAAAGCAUCUGUUUGUUUCCGAAAUAUGAUAGAAAAGAAGGGAGUUUCAAAUGCCGGUUAUGCCUUUGAAUGUUUGGUAAAUGCAUAUUGUCGCAAGAACAGAGCAAUAGAUGCAAGCCAUCUUAUGCACAAUUACAUCAGUCGUAAUCAGUUAAAGCCUUGGCAUACAACCUACAAAGCAUUGAUAAGUAAAUUAUUGGUUCAGGGUGGAUUUACAGAGGCAUUGAAUCUAUUGAAUUUGAUGAAAAAUGAUGGUUUCCCACCCUUUAUUGAUCCAUUUAUUAAUCAUGUAUCAAAGUCUGGAUCAAGUGAUGAUGCAAUUGCUUUUAUGAAUGCUAUGACUUCCAAGGAUUUUCCAUCUACAUCUGUGGUUCUCCGUUUAUUUGAAGCCUUUUUCAAGGCUGGGAGGCGCUCUGAAGCACAAGAUUUCCUGUCUAAAUGCCCACGUUAUAUUCGAAACCAUGCUGAUGUUUUGAACCUUUUCUGUUCAAUGAAAUCUGGUAAAGAUACUCCUGCUGCUACUGCUACUGCUACUGCUGAUGUAGCUGUGACUAUCUAGUUGGGAUGUAUGACAUGUUGUAUUCUGUGAGACUGAUAAGUAUGACAUUUGUUCAAAAGUUUUGGUUUGAAAAUUUUUUAAACUCGAUCUGAUUUUGCCAUCGGAAUAGAAUCAACUUUAUUUGCUGGAAAUAAAAUUCCAUAGUUCAAGUUUCUGUAAAUUUUGCCCUUAAAUGAUUCAAAUUUUCCCUUUUUCUCUCUA